AGGCGCGUGAUACGCGGAACGACCUGCUUACGCACUUCGGAGAGCGCUCUCUGCUCUGAUUUCCUUGCCCUAAUCGGCUGCAAGAGGGACUCGCGCGACCUUAUCUUGAAGAGCCUCGCGAUUUGAAUCCUUAAAUCCCUAGUAUUGUUCUUCGAUCUCUGCAGAUCGUUGCCUCUUCGAGUCGGUAGGUUCGGUGGUCGUCGGAGUUUUCGCCGUCGUUUGUGUCGGUGCCCGUCCGGUUCGAGAAUCAGGUUGAGCCAUGGACCCGAUGGAUAUAGUCGGGAAAUCGAAGGAGGACGCUUCACUUCCGAAAGCAACUAUGACCAAAAUUAUCAAGGAAAUGCUGCCCCCUGAUGUACGUGUUGCGAGAGAUGCCCAAGAUCUUUUGAUCGAGUGUUGUGUAGAGUUUAUCAAUCUUGUAUCAUCCGAAUCCAAUGAAGUCUGCAACAGAGAGGAAAAGAGAACUAUAGCUCCUGAGCACGUUCUCAAAGCUUUGGAGGUUCUCGGAUUUGGGGAGUACAUUGAAGAAGUUUAUGCAGCAUACGAGCAGCACAAGCUUGAGACCAUGCAGGAUUCAUUGAAAGGCGGCAAAUGGAGCAAUGGGGCUGAGAUGACUGAGGAAGAAGCUUUAGCGGAACAGCAGAGGAUGUUUGCGGAAGCCCGUGCAAGAAUGAAUGGCGGGGCAGCACCCCCAAAGCAACCGGAAGCAGACCACCCCAAUGUAGAGAGCUAAGCUGAUUUUAGGAACCCUUUUAGUUCCCGAUUUGUAGGAAGGAUUCCUUGACUCUCUUGGUGUCUAUCUAUACUCGCUUCUGAUUGCUUUUCUGUACAAAAAAGCUAUCGGGAAGGUGGGCUACAUAGCGUGGCCUGUGUCGAUAUCUCUACAUGCACUCCAACUUCGUACUCAUGUAUGGAUCCUUGUCCCAGUGUAAUUAAUGAUAGCUUUAUUUUGUGAGCUCCAUUUGCUCU